AUGAAGACUUUUGUUUUUGUUAUCUUUGUGAUUUUAAGCACAAUAUCAUAUGCUUUUUCGAAAGGUAUUAAUACUUAUGAACCAAAAGAAAACUUAAAUUUAUUUACUUCAAAAAAAAUUAGGGGUUAUAACUCAUCAACCUAUUCUGAAUUAACUAAUUCCUUAUCAAAACGCUCAUUAACUUCAUCCGCAUGGUUUAUUGUUUUAGAUGAUGAUACUUCUAUGUAUAGUCUUAUCUUAGAAGAUUCUAUCACAACUGAAAGACAAUGUAAAUUAUAUUUAGAAUAUUUAUGUAAAAAAUUCGUAGAAAAGCUACCAGAAGGAGGUUUUUCUAAUGUACUAAAAAGACUGUGCAACUUAGAUAAAAGAAAUACUUAUUGCAAAGGUCUCUUUACUAAUGGUGAUAUUAAAAAAGACUUAAAUAAAAAAUGUAAUGGUAUAAAGGAAAAACUCGAUUAUUAUUAUUAUUUAGGUGAAGAUUUAUUUGUGGGAGAGAAGAAUACAAGAAUAGAAGCAGAGCACUGCGAAAAUUAUGGAACGUUGUGUGUAGUUUUUCAAAGAAUCUGUCACACUUUAAUUGGCGAUUUAUGUGCUAGAUUUAAUGGGCUUUGUUAUAAGAAAUAUACAAAAGAUAGUGAAAAUAGCAUAUUAUUGAAAUUUAUAGGUGAAAAAAUAAUAAAUAGUGAACUAACACAUAAUCCAAAACAUAAUGAAUUUGAAGAAUAUAGUCAAUGUGUUGACAGUCUUCUUGACAAAUGCCAUUGUGUAACCUCUUUCGGGCCUACUAUGGUAAAGUCUUGUUUUGGAAUACAGGAUACAUGUAAACACUUUGCUCAAAGUGUUAUCUUUACUUGUCGAUGUUUUAACUAUUAUAUUAAGGAAUUUCUUUCAGAAAAGCUCCAUAUUACAGGCUAUACAAAAGAAAUAACGAGAAAUAAUUGCUCAUUGCUUGGCGUUUGUGAGUACUAUUUGUUAUUACAUUGUCGUAAUCAGGCAACAAAGAAUCUUUGCAAGUCAAUAAUAGAAGAAUGCACUAAAAACAUUGAUCCAGAUAUGCUGUUUAUAAACAACUUUUCUUUAGGAGAAUGCAGUUCGAUGUUUAAAAACGUAAAUUUGACUUUGUUUUUUCUUAAUGAAAGAGAAAAUAGCGUUUCACUGCCUUAUAAAAAUCCAUAUCUUACUCUUCUUAUAAUAUUUGGAGCUUCCUCAAGGAGACUUGGUUCUAGUUUAAAACAAAAAUGUCUUACUUCUACAAAAGGUGUUUGGACUAUACUAUGGAACAGUACAGCAAACAUUAUAACUAUACCUCAAUGUCAAAUGCUAAUGGAAGAAUGCAUUUAUUUUGAACAUGUUUGUUCUGGUAUUAAAAGUCCAUGUGAAAAUCUAAAAGCUCUAUGUUAUACACUGGGUAUAAAAAGAUCUCACUUGAAUGAUGUUUGGAAAAAACUCAAAGAAAAAAUACCAUCCACUGAUUUUAGCAUUUUUAAUCAAUCUCAUCUAUCUCAAUCCUCUGAUACUUUUAAGUUACACCAGCCUAUUCUAGAUAUAUGUGCUGAGUUUGGAGGAACUAACGAGGUCUUAUUUAGAUGGUGUUUACACCCUACCCCUAAUCACCCCCCCCCCCCCGCCUCGAUAACUUCCCCAGGUAACUUACUUGAUAGAUUAUUUCAUGAUUUUUCAGCAAGGUAUGGUGAUUUAAAGAGAGGCUUACUAUAUGUAUCAGAACCUCCUACUUUAACGGAAUGUGCAUCUUAUGUUUAUGAAUGUCACAGUUUAUCAGACAUUUUUAAGAAUAUUACUAAUUGUACAAUGCUGGAAGAAGCAUGUUACAGUGGUCACAUAAACUAUAGUAAACUUAAAGAUUCUACGCUUAGUAAGUCGGCUUGA